ACGAAGUAGCUGUUGUUGCUUUGGACUUUUCUUUUGUAAUGUUAUCUGGGGCGCUUCCUUUUCCGUAUUGCGACUGUCGUGGCCACAGUGAUAGCAUAGAAAAUGUUGCAUAAACUAUUGAUAGUUGUUUUCCUCGUUGUUUGUCUACAUGACAUGCGAUUAAAUGGGCAGAAAAAGAAGGAAACCCUGCUUUCAGAGAAGGUCAGUCAGAUGAUGGAGUGGGUCAGUAAGCGUGCAGUGGUCCGGCUGAAUGGUGAAAAAUUCAAGAGAUUGGUUCGAGCUCAUCCACGAAACUAUUCUGUCAUUGUCAUGUUCACAGCUCUUCAGCCACAGAGACAGUGUACAGUCUGCAGACAGGCGGAUGAAGAGUACCAGAUCCUUGCAAACUCUUGGCGGUAUUCGAGUGCAUUUACUAACAGGAUUUUCUUUGCAAUGGUGGAUUUUGAUGAAGGUUCAGAUGUUUUUCAGAUGGUAAACUUUCACAAUUUAUUUUACGUUUGA